AUGUAUACCAAAAAACAUGCUGAGAUUAAAAAUUGCUUUAAAUAUCCACAUGUAACCAUGAACAUUCACACAAGGUGCAAGGAGCCUGGCACUGAGGCUUCUACAUGGGCUACAACUGCUGCUGCUGCUCACAACUCUGUUGUUGUUCCUACUGCUCUUUCUGUUCGCAAGACUCCAAGACCUCCGUAUGUUCGCCGGGUUGCUGCUUCUGCUAGAAUGUUUGCCAUUCCCACUGGUCCCAAAGGAUAUCAAUAUGUGUAUAUCUCACGUUCACGUCAUCUCACACAUAGAGAAGUGUGCAACUCUUUGAAAACACUUGGUGUUGAUACUGGCCGCAUCUUGGAUAUCAAUUUUCCUGCCAAGGAUGUAGUUGGCAUCCUAGUUCACAACCAGUAUGCUGAGAAAUUCCAGACCACUCUGACCACAGUUGCCAUUGAGAUCUUAGACGUGUUUGACCCUUUGAAUCCCAAAAACAUUGCAGAUCCCAAAUAUAAGUCUCUUUCUGAUUCAGAGCUAGAAGAAGUUGCUGCUGAACUUCAUUCUGAUUGUUGUCUGAAGGCUCUCAAGUAUCUUCGUCCUCAUGUUGCUGUUUCUGUUGGUCAUUUCUUUUGUGAUCAAGGCUGGAUCUCUAAGAAAGAUAUUCCUGUUCAUUUUGUUUCUGGUCCUGGUACUGGUAUUCAUGAUUUCCAAUCACCAUCUCGUUGUACCUCUGUUGCAAUGUCUGAAUGA